GGUUACAAAGCAACCAAGAUGGCGGACGCGUUAAGGCUGCAAAUGAAUAUUCGACAAAAUGCAGAAGAACUGCAAGACAUUUUGCAAGAUUUAAACAAGUGGGAGGACGAAAUGAAGACCAAGGAUAAUGAACUCCUCAACUCAAAGACAGUUCACAAACAGGUUUGGGUUUAACUUGCUGACUUCACAUUUUUCUGUUUUUUCAACUGACUCAGAAAUUCUAUGCAUCGAAUUUUAAGCUUAAAUUAUUUAAGCUUAAAGUUCGUUGUAUAGAAGCAGCUUAUCGCUAGAUCUUUCCCUAGAGUUCAUCCUCUUAAUUUCGAGCUCCGUGGUUUCGGAAUCGGUAAGUUUUUUGGAAGCUUACAUGUACAUGAACAGAUUUGAGGUGCCAGUAUUCUUUGGGACGUUCGAUUUUUUAUCCGCAUCUCCCCUCUAAGGAUGACUGGAAUCCGAACCGGCAACCCUCCAGAUUAUUGCCGGCACCCUUUGAAAAAUGAAAUUCGAAGGGUUUAUUUUUUGUCAGCACCUUUGAAAAAUUUGUCCGAAGGGUCCAUAUUUUGUGGGCUUCUUUGAAGAAAAAAUUCAAACCUCCUUAUUCCAAAACCCGCCAUCUUAAGGGGGGUGCGGAUAAAAAGUAGAACAUCCAUACCGUACCAUGCAUCGUGUGUUAAAGAUGUUAAUGGUUGUAAAAUACAAGCUCCACAUGUAAUUACACUUGGCAGUUUUUAAUGUCCUCGGAGGUCAAAAUGGUGUUACUAGUAUUUAUUAGGAUUUGUGGAAUCGUUUCGAACUGUUUAAGGAGGUGUCCGUUGUUCAGGGUUGUUUGUUGAGAGCAAGAUUGUAUGAUAAUUAUUUACAAAGUACCACUCAAAUGACAUGCCUCGACCUGGUCCUUGAAACAAAUUAAAUUUUCUGCUUCAGAGCCUUCCUCCCAUCAGGAAUCAAUCUAACAGGAAGAAGAAGAAGAAGAAGGAGCAGCCAUCAGCUUCUAAUAAGGAUAAUGUGUCAAAGGGGGAAGCACGAAUAAGUUCAUAUGACUACAGAUCAUGGGAUAAGUUUGAUGUGGUAAGUUUCUGGUGUCUGAUGCACAGUACAAUUACGUUGUAUAAUUCUAGAAUCAUAUGAGAAUUUAUUAUUCAUAUCCUCAAAGGCAGAUUGGUCUUUAGGCCUGCCCAGUGUCACUACUGAUACUUUUUGCAUUUCACCUUAGACCUUUUCGGCUAACUCAUUGUUGUGCCCAAUUCAAAUCUCCUGAGGUUAAGAUUCUUUGUGUAUUGUAUUUGCAUCAUAGUGUGGCAUUCACAUUUAAUUGAUAUGGAAAUUCCUGAAACAAAACAUUUUAUUCCCAAAAGGUUUGAAUUGGGUACAACAUUGCCUUAGUCGAAUAGGUCUAUUAUAUCUGCAUGCCUGAUGUUCUUUGUUAAAACGUUAUUUCUUUAAUUAAUUUUUCAGGAUAAGGUUUUAAAGGAAAUGGAUGAACAGGAGGAGAUGAAGACAUUUCCAAGCUCUGAGGAGGAAAGUGAUGAGGCAGAUGAUGACAUUGAAAAUGAGAGACGCUUGCAAAAGGCACUUUUUGAAAAGGACAAGGUUUGUAUUGUUUCAGUUAAUUAUUGACUAAACUUACAAGUUGAUGAAAAUAGUGUCUUUCACUGUGACUUAAAAGCCAUGUUUUUGCUUUGUUUUUAACAUUGUCCUUUUAUUCUAGACCCAAAAAUUGUGUGAUAGCAGACAGCAGAAUUAUCAGAAGAGCUUUUCUCUUUCAUAAUACUGUAUUUAUUCAAUUAGGCACCCUGGGCACUUUUUUGAGGCUGGGUGCUUAUUAAAUUUUGAUUAUUCUAAGCAACUAGUAAGUUAAUUUUCCAACAAAGCAGUGAAUAAUAACAAAGCAUGAAGAUGUUCCAGGGAAGAAUUUUAACUGUUCAUUGAAUUGUCUUAAAAAAUAUAUAUAUCCAUACAACUCGGUCUCCUGGGAAAUCUCUUAGUAACACUGUACCUAGUCAAUUUCUAUCUCAGUCCUAGUCAGUAAGAUCAUUAAGCGAACUCUCUGGUGUUGCCUAGUACGUAGAUGUCUCUCAUCGUAAUGUCUGCAAAUGGGUGAAAUAAAUAACAACCAACUCUUCUUGUCCACUUCAGUUUUUUUGUUGUUGAUGUUGUCGUUGUGAGGAGGAGGGUUGUGGGUGGGUGUGGGCACUUAUUCUAGGCUGGGCAGUUGUUAAAUUUUCCUGUCAACAGGAUGGGUACUUAAUCGAGGUGUGCACUUAUUUGAGGUUGGGUGCUUAAUCAAAUAAAUACGGUAUCCAGUUUUUGAAAAUGGUAACCACCCUUAAAUCUCUCUAAGACAGACAUCUUUGGGAGGGGUGCUAAGUGUCCGUCUUAGAGAGAUGUCCAUCUUAUAGAGUCUGAGUAAUAAAGUUAGUGAAGAAAGGCAGGGACCAACUCUAGUUGUCCAUUUUACUUAGGGGUCCAUCUUACACAAUGUAUAGAGGUGUCUGUUAAGAGAGUUGGCUGUAAAUGUUUCAUCAUUUUCUGUAGGGAAAUGCUCUUUUCAAAGACGGCAAGUAUGAAGAGGCUAUUCACUGCUACACCACAGGCAUUCAACUUGACCCAAGUAAUGCUGUACUGCCUGCCAACAGAGCCAUGUGUCUGCUGAAAUUACAGAGGUUUGUUGUGAUUUUCCUGUAUUUUUUGCUCCUAUCAAGGAGCAUCAUUGAGCCCAAGAGACUGGUUUCUUAGCUUAUUUCAUUAGAGUGCUGGUACAUCUAAUCCACAGGUCGUGAGUUCAACUGUCGCUGGGGUAAAAAACAUUUCUCUUAUUCCUGGGACGUUUAUCAUUGAAACAAACCACGCGAGCGGAAAUCUUGUGCAUAAUCAUAAAACUACAAAAUUUGAUGUGGUGGAAGAACAACCAGCUACAAAGUUUAUCCAAAUCAGCUGAACAUACUAUAAAAGACUAGGAAAACUGCAUUGCCCCAAACCAAAGCCCAUCCAAAGCUUCCGAAAUGGACUGGCAAAAAUUGCACUGGUUUUCCCAUGUAAAUGUUAAGAACCCCGGUCUAUCUCACUUCCCUUCCUAGAGCUUGCACUCCCAGCACUCCCAUUAUUACACAAUAUACAUUCAAUUUUCUGCACUUACUGUAGAUAUGGAGCAGCAGAAGCUGAUUGCACACAAGCCUUGUCUCUGGACAGUUCCUACACUAAAGCUUACUUGAGAAGGGGUGCAGCCCGCUUUCAGAUGGGGCGAGUUCAACAGGCCGAGGCUGACUACAAAGAGGUGCUUAAACUGGAGCCAAGUAAUAAACAGGCCCAGUUGGAGCUGAAGAGCAUAAAGAAGGUAAGCAUCUAACAUGCACCCAAAGUACAUGAAAAGCCGAAACACUAUGGUGCAGUUACCCCUUGUAAGUGACUAUCUUCUAAACUUUUAGCUACACAGGCUAACCUAUCAAAAACAACAAAAUGUUCCCAGUAAUAGAUCAUAGCUGGAACCUCUCGUAAGCGACCUCCUGUUGUAAGCAACGGCAUCCACUUUUUGAUGUCACAGUUUUAAAAUUUUCCGUUGUCUUGAACGCCCUUGUACCCCCUUAAAUAGCAACGUUUAUAUAAUAAUGUAUGUAUGUAUGUAUGUACAUGUAUGUUAGCUACCAAUAGACACCAGGUCGGGACUUCUCUCUACAUUUCCGAUACAUGUACAUGUGCAUGUUUGCUGCAUGUGCGACAUAACUUGGAGCAUUUGAAGGAUCAUUCCCAGAUCAAAGUUCUUAGAAACUGUAUGCACUGAAUUCUGUCCAGAAUAGUAAAGUGCUUGGAACUCUUCUCAGUAGAGAACUCUGUGGUUCGAUUCUCCUAGUUGAUUUUUCUCGUUACAUUUUCGAUGCUCUAUAAAACAGAGGGGUCUUACUAAACUAAACGUGAUCUUAUGAGGAGAAAUUCAAGUGUUUAUUUGUUUGGGUUUAGUUGCUGGAGGACAAGAAGAGGGAAAAGAAAAGUGAAAAGCAAGCAAGUGAAAAUUGCGCAAACAAAACACCAGUCAAGUCUAAAGUAAGCCUGUUUUCUUGAUGUUCUUUUUAGAAUGGAUAAUAAUUUAUUACACAACUUUAAGUUGGAAGUUGACGUUGACGCUUAAUGAGUGUUUUAAAAUCCUGUAAAAAAUAGUUGAGUCUUAAACACCUGUACAUGUCGCUCUUCAAGUUGUUAGUCAAAAUCUUAAUGGUGUUCCCAAAAGCCUAAGUAUUGAUGGACAAAUGAACAGACUGCUAACUUUACUUAAAAUUCGUGUUUUACUACUUUCACCUCGUGUCUUAAACGUACUACCGUAACUGCCGCUUAUAUUUCAAGCCUCUGUUUCAAAGCGAGGCUAAUGCGAAGCCAUUGAUACGAAAGUGAUUUUCUUUUAUUCUCAUGCAAAUAAAAAUGACUUAUUCGUUCCAAAUCAGUCCCACAAUGCAGUUCAAGGCAACACCACCCCUGUCUAACACAUGUACACACAGACCGUGUUUUGUGGAUUUGGCUUGAUAGUUUGAUUUUUUGUAUCCUAGAAACCUUUGAAGAGAAUUGUCAUCGAAGAAAUUGGCACAGAGAGCGAAAGUGAGGAUGACUCGUCUGACAUUUCUACUAAAGCACAAGCGACAGCGUCCUUGUCUACCGAAGAAACGAGAUCAAACACUCAGCAAGCACUGUUGGCGAGACCUGACGAAAGGACCAAAAACUUAACCUUAGAAUCAACGGACGUUCCCCUCAAAACAGCGCCAUCUUCGCUAUCAUCGACUUUAUCAUCGUCAUCAUCAGCUUCACCUUCAUCAUCUGAGCCCCAGUCCCCCUCAUCAACCUCCCGAUCCAAGUCCGCUGACAAGACAUUUGCCGUGCCAAAGUCAUCGGGACAGUUUCAAGCAGAUUGGAGAGCACUUCAAAAACAACCGGACAGGCUUUUUGCUUACUUUAAGGUUGGCUUAUUUUAAAACCAUUUUAAACGCUACAUUUCAUAUGUUAACAUUGUUUAGCGUGGAUGACACGUGAACUGAAAGUGAUGUACAUGUGGCCCUUUAAGUGGCCCCAGCUAAAAGACCUUUUUACCGAUACGGCGGGCAAUAUGUAUCGGUAAAAAGGUGUAUUUAAAACACCUUCCACGUCGAAUUAGAAUAUGAAAUGUUGUUUUUAAGGAGAAGGAAGAACCGGAGAACCUGGAGAAAAAAAAAAAACCCUUGGAGGGACGGAGAGACCUAACAACAGUGACGUCGAGAGUUGGACUCGGACCCAGGCCACAUUGGUUGGAUGGGGUACGGGAUUGCCCUCAUCCCUUACCAAGCUUGCCCCCCUGGCGCUCUCCCUUAACAAUAAUCUUUAUUCCUCGUCAAUGAAUUUUUUAACCUAGAGGGGUCGCGGGGAGGGCGAUUACUUGAGGGAGGCAAUUAUUUUAAACAUUUCCGUCAAAGGCGGGCGGUUAUUCAAGGGAAGCGAUUAAUCGAGGGACGGCUAUUAUUCGAGGAAAUACGGUAAACAUGUCUUCCAUAAUUAUAGUGAAAUGUCUUUAUAACGUCUACAUUAUCUUUUUCGUAGAAUAUUAAACCGAAGUUGUAUCCCAAACUGUUUCAACAAUCAAUUGAGCCUGAUAUGUUGGUGAAAAUAAUCUAUCUUCUAUGGGACUUCUAUUUGAUGUGAGUAGUUUAGUUUAAUUUGCAAUCGUUUACGUGAUCUGUAGGGUGAUGGCAAAAAAAAUGACCCACAAGGUCAAUUUAAAGCGUCCAUUGACCCGAGAAGUAUUGUGUGCUGAGGAACAGUUUCCUAUGCAUGAAAACGCACUAUAUCAAACAUCUAACCAAUCAAUAUUUGAUGCGUGGACUAGAUGUUAGAGAUAUUUUGGGUACUUUUAUUUCUAUUUUUGUCUAUUUAACAAGUAGUAUUCAAAGAUCGUAUCGCUGUUUUGCAUAACAAUAGUAAAUAAUUUCCUGAUCAGGCUUUGUUCUACGAAAUGUAUGCAAAAGAUAGAGAUUAAUCAGAUUUGGAACCGACAAAUCGAUUUCUGUCGCUUUGGAACACACACAGACUGCCCACGAAAUCACAGAAUACCCAACGACUGGAUUAAGGAGCGUCACCUUUGUCGGGGCAAUAAAAUUACUGUAUUGCUCUUAAUUUAUUCAUUUUUGGUUUCAUUUUGCAGGAAUGGUCUACCUGUGUAUGAGGAGCUCAAGAACCUGGCUGAAGUGAAACGGUUUGGAAUGGCCACCAUGUUCUUUUCAGACAAGGACAAGAAAGGUAAAAGUAAUCAUAAAACGUUGAAAUAAGAAAAAUUCUCAGGUGACACCUACGCACUGUUCUUGCUGGUCAGAAGUGUUGUAUUGGGACGGCUUCACAUGGUAUUAAUAAAACUUGUUACUUUCCCUUCCCCCCAAACAAUGACACAAUAUUGCUAGGAAAUGGGGGGAAUAUCAUGGUGUUAGUAUAGGUAACAGCAUGAUUAGUAGUGAUAUUUGGCAUAAAUACCACGAGUGAUAUUUCAAAAUUGUUAUAGGUAAUUUCACGAGCCGUUGCGCGAGUGAAAAAGGAGGAAAAAGGAGUCCAAAUGGCACGCAAGACAUGCGCGCGUCUUUUUGUGUUAACGCAUCUAAUGAAACGCUUAAGAAAACCGCUUUUACGUGAACCGUGAAAUAAGAUUAUAUCUCAACACACCCGCAUUCAAAUAUUCGUUUGUUGAGAUUUUAAUAUCAAUUGAAUUUUGUCCCAACUGCUUAUCCGAUUUGACUGGUCUCAACUAAGCGUCACUUCCGCCAGUAGCCAAUCAGCGAUCAGUAUUUUGGUCACGUGACAAAAAUGGACCAAUCAGCGUUGCAUUCUGAUUUAUUGGGACAACGGAUUUGUGACGUCAUCAGCUCAACUGGAAAGCUGAUUAGCCCAUUAAUUUUUUGUCAUGUAACGAAAAUACUGAUCGCUGAUUGGCUACUGUCGGAAGUGACCAUUAUUACUACUGGGAUCGUUCUUGAUACACAGCGGCGUUUCUCAAGCUAAUCCCUGCUUUAUCUAUAUAGAGUGUAGUCAUAAACACCAGGUUGUUGCGUUGCAGUUAUCAGUGACCUUAUAAACAGCGUACGACAAACCAAGGAGCUGUUUCAGCUGUCCGAGGACGAUAUCCUUGACUUGGCUAAGAAAUAUGGGAUAUCUUAACCACUACGGUUUUCUACAAUCAGUUUUUAGAUGCUAUUUAUUUAUUAAAUGUGGUCAGCUAUUUGAGCUGGUGGACGUUACACAAGAUAGUGCUACUUUUUUGUCUUUGCCAUUUCAAGGACGGACUGGUUGUAGUGGUACUUAACUUCCGCCUUUGUGAGGAAGUAAGGUAAAGGUCGGGAAAAGAAAUUACAAUACGUUGUAGUGGAUGUUACCGUAUUUAAAUAUAGGAUCAGGUGAUACGUGUGGGUGAUUUCAGCCUUGAUGGGCGCAGGCUCUAUCAGUUAGAAGGCAUAAAAACGAACAAAACAGUUUAGGGCACGGUACACUGC